CCCAUCACCGCGUUCUAAAACGCUACAGUUUGAGCGUGAAAUUCCAACAAAAAUGUACAGCAAAGUACUUGCAGCAUUGCUCAUUGGAGCGGUAUUGUUACAACAGACAACGGCGGCCAGCGCACCAGCACCACAAGCGUCACAAGCAACGGAGGAACAGGAUACACCCGAAGCUUUGGCAGCACUCGAAGCACGCUUAGCUGAGAAUGACGAGAUCGACGAGCGCGCUGUGAAUUUUCUCAAUGUGAAAAACUGGAAUGAGAAGACUAUCGAUAAUAAGUAUGACCCGGACGAUUUACCCGCCUUGGCCUACGCUCUGGAUCAAAUAUACACUGGCAACGCGGCCUCCUUCAAAAAGAUGGUACGUCUGCAAUUGUAUUUGUAUCAGAAGUUCGAGGACGAAGGCGAUGAUAAUGACAAAUACACUUUCAAUGUGGCUUACUAUUUUUUGAAAAUGAAAAAAGACAAGCAAUAUUCAAACCUCUCCAGCGAUCUGAAAAGCAAACUCAAUGAAUAUAUCAGUUAUUUGCCCCCGUCACUGGACUUCUUCUUCUUCCAGCCGUCAUUCUGUCUGCUGAAUCGCAAAUAUUUGCAGUAUGUGUACGCGACCGAAACGCCCAUUGACAGUCAACGUGAUCACAUUUUUGUCUUUAAAUCCAACAACAUUAAUGCUAAUCAAAGGCCUUGGAUGACAAAGGUGAGCGAUGUGUCCACCAAUCGUCAGACGAAAUUGAAGAUCACUCUGAAGCAAAAUAAAUCCAAGCGUGUGGCGUAUUUGGAACGUGGUAACUAUGGUGGUAAGAAGAAUUUGGUGGCAGCCUGGCACUCGAGUUUCCAGGAACCCGACAACUACGAAUGGAAUGUCUCACUCUAUCAAAAUCAGCUGAUCUUUAGCCAAAAUGGACGUGUGAUUUGUGCCAGCGGGUCCACUUAUGAUCAGAACCGACGUUACGUGCAAGGUGUUGCCGGCAAUGGUUUGAAUGCACCGGAAUGCCAAUGGUAUGCCAAGCGGUGUCCGUGAGCCUGAGCGGGAAAGUGUUUAGAAGAGAGAUUGAGAAACAAAAAGAGAGAAAGAGAGAUAGAGAGGGAGAGAGAGAGAGAGUGAGAGGGAUGGAGAGGUGGAGUGAAAGAAAAAAGGAAAAAGUAUUGCGCAAAGCCAAACAUCGAAGAUUGUAUUUUAAACGAAAAAUAAAAUAAAAUUGUGGAAAAAUUGAAUUUGCAAAAACAAAGCGAAAAUAAUGAUUUAAAGACGUCCAAACAUAUUGCCUGAGAAAAAUCGUAAAAUCCAUUAGUGUAAAAUUAUUUACAAUCAAAACUACUAAGCACUUCGUAUACCAAAAGUUAAUUGCCUAUCGGUUAAUGGUUUACCAAAGGAAUUACAAAAAAAAA